GCAGAACCCUAAAUCGAAAACCUUCAUCAACCCGCUCAAUUUCAAUUGAAAUCCCAAUUCUCAAAAGCUUAAUGACCUACAACUGUUUCUCCAAAUUCCUCAGCACUCUCAAGAAAGCCCGCAGCCUUAUCGGCGUCGCCGCCCUCUCCACCACCACCACAGCCGCCGCCUCCGCAGCACCGGCUUCCCCCAAGCUCACAGCCAUGGAAACCGACCUCCAGACCCUCAAAACCCGCGUUUGCAUCAUCGGCAGCGGCCCCGCCGCCCACACCGCCGCGAUCUACGCCGCUCGCGCCGAGCUCAAGCCCAUCCUCUUCGAGGGCUGGAUGGCCAACGACAUCGCCCCUGGCGGCCAGCUCACCACCACCUCCGAGGUCGAGAAUUUCCCCGGCUUUCCCGAAGGAAUUGGCGGGAUAGAUCUGAUGGACAAGUGCCGCGCGCAGUCUGUCAAAUUCGGCACGCAGAUUUUCACCGAGACUGUCUCCAAGGUUGACUUCUCCGGCUUUCCGUUUAAGAUUUUUAGCGAUUCGAGGACUGUUGUUGCCGAUUCUGUGAUUGUAGCAACUGGCGCUGUUGCGAAACGCCUCAAUUUCCCCGGCUCCGAAACCUUUUGGAAUCGGGGGAUUUCCGCUUGUGCCGUGUGCGACGGCGCAGCGCCUAUUUUCCGCAAUAAGCCACUUGCAGUUAUUGGUGGUGGUGAUUCUGCCAUGGAGGAAGCUAACUUUUUAACCAAGUAUGGCUCCAAAGUGUACAUUAUUCAUCGGAGGAAUGAGUUUCGUGCUUCGAAGAUUAUGCAGAACAGAGCACAGACGAAUCCGAAGAUUGAAGUGCUGUGGAAUUCGACGGUGACUGAGGCGUAUGGGGAGAGAACUUUGGGGGGAUUGAAGGUUAAGAACGUGCAGAGCGGGGAGGUUUCGGAUUUGCCAGUUUCUGGUUUGUUUUUCGCAAUUGGGCAUGAACCUGCAACCAAGUUUCUGGAUGGGCAGCUGGAAUUGGAUUCGGACGGGUAUGUGGUCACGAAUCCCGGCACCACAUAUACAAGUGUGAAGGGUGUCUUUGCUUCUGGUGAUGUUCAGGAUAAGAAAUACCGGCAAGCUAUUACUGCAGCUGGAAGCGGGUGUAUGGCAGCCUUGGAUGCAGAACAUUACCUUCAAGAGAUCGGUUCUCAGGAGGAUCACGGUGGGCACAUUUCCAAAAUCUGAGGAACAUAAGAGGGUGGUAGUGUCUCUCCGAGGUUUGGUCAAUCCCCUCAAUUGGUUAAGCAUCUCUAUUUACAACCCUUUUACUACUAGGCAUGCUAUUAUGUCCCUUGCUUUAAAUUAUAAAGAUUUAAUUCAGAUUUCUUUGGUGGAUACUAGGUAUAGUAGUUUAACAGAACUAAUAAUAAAAGUAGAGUAUAUACUAGUAUUUCUUUUCCGUUUUCAAAAACAAAAAACAUAAAAGAAUGGUAGUAAUAAUAAUAUUCUAUUUUAUCAAUAUGUCUACUUUUUAAACUACCAUUUACUUCUCUCAUUUUGAUAAGUUGGCCUAUUUCACUAAAUUAUUUUGCUCAUGUUUCAUUAUAAAAAAUCCAUUUGGAUAAGUGUAUCCUUUUCACUAAAUAAUUAUAUUCCAUUAUAAAAAUAUUUUAUUAUCAAUAUUUUCCACAUACUUCACAUUUUUUUAAUAAAUUUUGUGUCGAUUCAAAAUUGGUCUUGAAAUUAUGGAUGAAGAAAGUAAAACCGAUGUCUACAAUUAUAAUUUUCUUAAGAAAUAUUCGAAUAUAAAGAUAUAAGUAGGAAGCAAGUACCCCAUGUAAAGGAAUGAUAUACGUGUAUAUUUGCAUCUUACAUAGGGAUGUCAAUGUAACACGAACUCGCGGGCCGGCCAGAAUAACCCGAUAAAAAUACAGGGUUAGGGUUGUAAUUUCGCAGCCCGAAUUUAAAAUCGGGCCAUUCGGGCUGACCCGUUCGGGUUGUCG